GAGGAGACACCUAGUGGCAACUCCUCCAACCAGUCAGUCCCCCGGAGGUACCUUGAGUGAGUGGGUGCGUCGAGUGGUGUGCUGUGAAAAAUAGCUUGGUAAAUUUGUUCUUCGGGUCUGAUCUGGUUGGAUUUUGCGUGUAACGUUAGAAAACAAGAUCAGAGAAUCCUUGUAAGAAUGAGCAAACGGUGCGCACGGUGUGAGAAGGCGGUGUACCCGCUGGAAGAACUGAAAUGCCUCGACAAGAUCUGGCACAAAGGAUGCUUCAAAUGCCAGGAAUGCGGAAUGACCCUCAGCAUGAAGACCUACAAGGGAUUCAACAAGCUGCCGUACUGCGAGGCGCACAUCCCGAAGGCCAAGGCGACCACGGUGGCUGAGACUCCCGAGAUGCGACGCCUUGCCGAGAACACCAAGAUCCAGUCUAAUGUGCAGUACCAUGCUGACUUUGAGAAAAACAAGGCCAAGUUUACCCAGGUUGCAGAUGAUCCUGAGACACAACGACUUAAGAAGAAUACUCAGAUCAUCAGCAAUGUAGUGUAUCAUGGUGAGAUGGCAAAAAAGUCUGAAAUGGAACGCAAACGUGCUGAGCCUAACGACGAGGAUGAAGAGUGGUCCUCCUGGCAUGACUCAGUUGGUGGAGGCAACACCACAGCCACUGCAUCUGUCCACCAAUCCAAAGCUUCUCACUUGCAGCAUGACACUGAUGAUGAUCAUGCUUAUGAUUAUGACCAGGAUAUAUCUGAACCUUCCUCAAAUAUGCACCAUUCCCAGCACCAACACCGAUCCUAUCACCAUCAGUAUUCUCCCAGUUCCUCAGCUUAUUCCAGCAAACAUUCAAGAGCCCGUAGCAUUUCUCCCCAUUACAGUGACCGUUACACUGAUCCCCACACAUACAGCUCAUCACCCUCUUCUGAUCCCCACACUUACCGCGCAUCACCCUCUGCUGACCCCCGCACUUAUGGCUCAUCGCCCUCUGCUGAUCCUCAAAUUUACCGCAGAUCUUCCUCUCCCUCCCAAGCUCUGACUUCUGGUGCUUACUACCCUCCAGAAUAUAUUGAGGAUGACAGAUAUUAUCCUGAAACUAACUCAUCGGGUGGAUAUAUUGAUCCUAAUAACCGUUAUUCAGCACAGCCCACUGUAGGGCCAAGUGGGUCCCCUCACACCACUAACAGAUAUUACUCAACUAACAACUACUAUGCAACUGGGGCUCCCCCGCCUCGUGAGGAUGACAUGCGGCAACAAGAACAACUCCACCACCAAAUGCAGCAGCAGCAGCAGCAGCAGCAACAGCAACAGCAGCAGCACCAGCAACAGCAUCAGCAACAACAAAAACAACAGCAGCUUCAAAAACACCAUCAGCAGCUCCCACAACAGCAUCAGCAACAAUAUACUUCCCCUCACCAACAGCAAUACAGUGGACCUCCCCCAUCCUCUCAACACCGCCAUCCUUCUCAGCCUUCCUCCACAUCCUUCCUCCACCACCAACAGCCUUACCAGCAGCAUCCACAUAAACAGCAGCUUCCUCCCACCUCCUCUUAUCAUCACCACCCUGCUCCUCAGAACAUGUAUCAUGAUGCAAACCACAACUCACCCUACUCGUCCCGCACCUCCCAGACUCUCAUCUACUCCAGUCAGACUGGCCCAGUGCAUCAACAACCCACUCGCCGUGUGGGCAGUAUAGCAGACUAUGACCCUGUAAAUGAGCAGUAUGGAUCCAUUAGUCAACAUAAUGCCAACCCAGCUGGUGGAGGCUACAGACAAGAGACUACAUACCAGGUACAACGGACCAACUUGUAUGGAGACCAGAACAUGGGUCAGCAGCCUCCCCCUUCUCAGAUGAAUUCCAACGCCACCCAUCACAAAGUCACAGCACCACCCACACAGCUCGGGCGCUGUUACCGAGCCAUGUAUGACUAUGAAGCAGCAGACACUGAUGAGGUGAGCUUCAAGGAUGGAGAUCUCAUCAUCAACUGCACUGCCAUUGAUGAGGGCUGGAUGACUGGUACUAUUCAGAGGACUGGUGUCACUGGAAUGCUGCCUGCUAACUAUGUGGAGCGUGUGAGCUGAAUCCAUCUUAUGCAGAGAACUGAAUGAGAUGGGGUCUUCCUGAGCUUUAAGGCAGCAAUCCCCAUAAGACCAAAAGAUUGUAAAUCAUUCCUUUAAUUUGUUUGCCAAAAUCUUUGCAAUCUUACUAUUUAAUGAUAAUUUCACAUGUAAUCUUCAGCAGUAAGCUAUUUAUUGAACAAACUAAAGAACAGCAGGUUAAUGUAUCUUUAAAUUUGAUGGCAAUUUUGGAAUCCUUUGUAAAUUUAUUAAUGAACUACCUAAACAAUUAAAUGCAAUAUAUAUUGUCAAUGAGAUUCUCCCACCCCAUACACUUACAAAUUUUUUUCCAUUUGCAAAAUGGAAACAAAUAUUGUUCCAAGUUGUAAAUACCAAAUUUCAUAGAUAUCAUUUAUAUGUAUACACAAAUAUAACACUUCAAUGUCUUUAAUAUUACUGUUCUUUAACUAUCAUAACCGCCAUUUGUUGCCUUGAUCUUCAUUACACUGGAUUUAGGUUUUGCAUCCGCAUGUUGUUUAAGAAUAUCACAAAACCUGUAAAGCAUUACUUCUAUCUUCCUGUCUGUGUUCACACAUGUAUUAUGUCUACCACUUAUGAUUUUUUCUUUUUAUUAUAUAAUCAAGGAAUAUAACCCAUUUUUCAUUUUUGCAUGUCUCUUCUGAAAGGCUUUUAUAUUUUUGAGUUCAUUUUACUUACAUGAUAGCUUAUAAUAUUAAUAUAAGUUGAGCAAGCCAAGAUUGGCUAGGAAUCAGAACUGCUUGUGAUGUGGAACAUGAACUGAACAUGGGAAUAGAUGCUGUAAGUAUAAGUCCUGAAGCUAAGGUUGGGGCAACAGUUUCUGUAUUCAUUUUGUACAUAUAUCAUUUGUGUUGUAGAGCCCCACAAGUUCCUUCAUGAUGAAUGUUUAACAUGUAUAAAGCCAUAUUAAAUGAUAGUUAUAUGCUUUAAAAACAAUAUUUGAAUAAAAUAAAGGUUGCUCUUCAGAAUAAAGCCAGGUCGUUAGAUUAUGACACUGUAAGAAUCUGUGAGAUGAAUGCCUUAUAUCUACAAAAAUUUCAGUUGGAUGCACCACUUUUAUGGAUUAGAAUCAUCUGGUUGUAGACGUACCAUAGAGAUUUAAGAGAGACAUUUUGAAAUUGGAAGGAAGUUUAUAAUUUGAUUAACAGAAAGUAUUUCUAAUUGUAAUUGUUAUAGGAGGUACUGGGAAACUUUAUGUAAACACUGACAUAGAGAACUACAAGAUCUUAAUCAUGAGGUAUUAGUUGCAAAAAUAAAUAAAAAUCUUUCAUUCACUAAUUUAGUUACAAAAAUGCAUGUAAUUUUGCAUGCCAAUCUAAUUUAAGUAUGAUUUUCAGCUUCAAAGCAAAAGAAAUUAAAUUUUCAAGAUAUCAUAAAUGUUGGACUAUAGAUGCAAGUCCCUUGGCAAUACAUGUUUCAUUAGGUAGCAUACCUUGUACAGUAGUCUAUAGGUGAAUUAUAUUCAUACAAAUCCCUAGAAAUUAUUUGCACAUGUGCUGGGUUUCAGGAUGACAGGUCAAGAAUAAAGAUGAAGUUACUUCUUUCAUAAGUUACCUAUUAAAAAAAUCCAAGAAUUUUUCUUCAUGAAUUCCAAAGCUUUCACACACACACACACACACACACACACACACACACACACACACACACACACACACACACACACACACACACACACACACACACACACACA